UUUCCACUGGUAGGGACAAUCAACAGCAGGAUGAGAUCAGAUGACCAAGCUCGACGAGAUUCGACCGGGGCUGCCUACGAACAACAGCAUGUCCAUCAAGUCUACGAAUCCAUCGCCGUCCAUUUCUCACAGACCCGAUACAAACCCUGGCCGAUCGUCGCUGAUUUUCUGGAUAGACAACCCAGAGGCUCGAUCGGCUUAGACGUCGGCUCUGGAAAUGGAAAGUAUCUUCAUGGACACAACAUUACCAACAAAAUCAAGAACGGUACGAGUGAACCAAGCCAGCAGAUCGCACUUGGAGGCAUACCGCCAGGCCAACUGCUCGAGGAGGAGCCACGAUACUUCCUGUUAGGUCUCGACCGAUCGGCCUCUCUGCUCUCACUCUCACAACACAUCCACUCUGUCCCCGAGCUGGUCCAUGGGGACUGUCUCAGCCUGCCCUUCCGCUCCAACCUCGCCUUCGACUUCGCCAUCUCCAUCGCAACCCUUCACCAUCUCUCGACCCAAGAGAGGAGACUCGAGGCCGUCAAGCUCCUCCUCUCUUCCGUCAAACCUUCCCGUCCUUCAUCCACCGGCCGGAUCCUCAUCUUUGUCUGGGCUCACGAACAGGGUCAAAAAUCCCGUCGAAAGUGGGCCAAGGGGACUCUUUUACCUGCACCCGAACUUGGAUCAUCUCCAUCGACGAGCUCCAUUGAACCUGACUUGGAAAAGUUUGAAGAACUGUCCAACUUACAGGACGUCUUAGUUCCUUGGGUUCUCAACAAUAACUCCGAUCAAAAAUCGACCGAGAAGCUGACGACCUAUAACAGAUACUAUCAUCUAUUUCGCGAGGGAGAAUUAAUUGAACUGGGUCAAGUGUGCCGCCGAAUCCCUUGAGCUUUCAUUCACACAACUGCACUCAAAUCUUCCCCAGUC